CCCCCUUGUCUUUCAAUAAAGCAUCUGCUGAAGCCCUCCUCCCUGAGUUACUCCACAGGAAGACAGGAACUGGCCACAGGAACCGGUCGCAGCUCCUGGUGUGGGCAAGAUGGAAGCCAACUUCUCCAUCUCUCUGAAUAGAUCUGCUGAGAUGCUCCAUGAGUCUACUGGCUACACUGUUGUGCAGAUUAUCUCAUUGGUGAUUCAAGGGAUCACCUUUGUUCUCGGCAUCCUGGGCAAUGGGCUUGUGAUCUGGGUGGCUGGAUUCCGGAUGGCACGCACAGUCACCACCUUGUGUUACCUGAACUUGGCCUUAGCUGAUUUCUCUUUCCUGGCCACUCUACCAUUCCUCAUGGUGAGAAGUAUCAUGAAAGAACAAUGGCCUUUUGGCUGGUUCCUAUGCAAGUUAAUUUACAUUGUAGUGGACAUUAACUUGUUUGGAAGUGUCUUCCUCAUUGCUUUCAUUGCUCUGGAUCGCUGUAUUUGUGUCCUGCACCCAGUCUGGGCCCAGAACCACCGCACUGUAACUCUGGCUACAAAACUGAUCUUUGUACCCUGGAUUCUUGCACUAGUUCUUACCUUGCAAAUUUUCAUCUUCCAGACUACAGUAAAUAUCAGUGGGAAUGUGUACUGUACUUUCAACUUUGUAUCGUGGGGUGACACCCCUCAAGAGCGGCUGAAGGUGGCCAUCACCAUGCUGACAGCUAGAGGGGUCAUCCGGUUUGUCAUUGGCUUCACUAUGCCAAUGUCCAUCGUCGCUAUCUGCUACGGGCUCAUUGCUGUCAAGCUCUCUAAAAAAGGCAUGCUUAAUUCCAGCCGUUCCUUACGGGUUCUCACUGCUGUUGUGGCUUCCUUCUUUGUUUGUUGGUUCCCCUUUCAACUGCUUGCCCUUCUGCACACAGUUUGGUCCAGAGAGAUAUCACCCGGCAGUAAGUACAAAGUCCUUGUCAUCCUGGUUAACCUAGUGAGAUCCCUGGCCUUCUUCAACAGCUGCCUCAACCCAAUGCUCUAUGUCUUCAUUGGCCAAGACUUCCGAAAGACACUGAUCCACUCUCUGCCUGCCAGCCUGGAGAGGGCCAUGACCGAGGACUCAGCCCCAGCCAGUGAUACAACAACCAAAUCUGCUUCACCUCCUUCAGAGGCUGAGUUACAGGCAAUGUGAGGAGGCAGGAGGACAUUUUCAAGCUCUGCCUGUUCCUACCCUGAUCCCGGUUCCAGCUUCGUAUUACCUUGGGUCACAAUGAGCCACUCAUCAUGACAACUACUAUGGUGCCCUCAGAAUGGUCGGAAGAAAUGGACUUAUGGCUAUUAUUUCUGUCAUUUAUGGCUUUGGCACCACACCAUAUACCCUGCGGUUAGUGGAGGUGGUAAAGAGUACAAGGGUAGAGAAGAGAAAGAGUGAUGGAGAAUCUAUGAAGCUUAGAUGAGAGAGUAUAUUAAAGGGACAACUUUGGUACUUCACCGUUUAGUAAGAUGUUUACUAUGGCUGUUUUGUAAGUAUUUCUUAUCAGACUACAGAAUUCUUUUUCUAUACCCAGCUUACAAGAGUUUCUUCCUUUUUAAAUCAUGAGUCGCUACUGCAUUGUAUCAAAUGCAUUUCUGAAUAUGUUAAGAUGAUCAUAUUAUUUUUUCUUUUCAUUUACAUCAUAAAUUAUAUUUUUUAUUAUAUUCUUAUUGAUUUCAGAGAGGAAGAGAGAGAGAGAGAGGUAGAAAGAUCAAUGAUGAGAGAGAAUCAUUGACUGGGAAUUGAGCCCGCACCCCAGGCAUGUGGUCUGACUAGGAAUCAAACCAUAACCUCCUGGCUCAUAGGUUGACGCUCAACCACUGAGCUACACUGCCUCAGCGAUUAUAUUCAUUUCUGAAUGUUAAAGUAGCCUUGUAUUCCUAGAAUAAGCCAGACUUGCUCAUGAUGUAUUUUAUAUAUUUCUAAUAAAUCUUACUUGACUGGUUUGGAAUUCUGCAUUCAUGUUUAUGUGAAGAUUGGUCUGUUCUUUCGCUUUCCUCUAAUGCCUGUGUCAGGUUUUAACCAACUUAUACUGGCCUCCUGGAAAGAGCUGGGAAGUGAUUCCCUGAUUCUUUUCUCUGGUGUUAUAAGUUUAUAAAUGUUUAGAGAAAUUUACCAGUGAAGCCAUUUGGGUUUGGGGUUUUUUUUAUGAGAAGGGUUUAAUAACAGGCUCUAUUACUUGAGUAGUGGUUAGAAUCUCCAGAUUUUUCUAUUCCUGUCAGUUUUAAUCAACUCUGACUUUCAAAAAAUUUAGCAUUUCAUACAAACUAUCAAAUGUAUUGGCAUGAAACAGUAUAACUAUUUACAGUAAUGGUAUGGCCUCCUUUACAUAUGACAAUAUAAGCUCUCUGAGGGCAGGGAUCUGGUCUGUACUGUUCUCUAAUGAAUCAUGAUAACCAAUGUGCAAAAUAGUAUCUGAUAUGUGACAGAUACUUAAUAUGUAGUUAUUGAAUUAAUGAAACAAUAAACAGUAUCAUGCAGGUGUCAAGUGAGAAUCUUUGAUGUCCAAUUAAAAUUAUCUCUACACUCAUGUCAUGAAUUGAGCCAUGUCCAGUGAACUCUUAUCCCCAUGCCCACAAUUUUUACAAAUCCUCAUUCUGUUUAAAUUUUUAUGACCACCUCAGGUUUUGACUUUCUAUUUUAAGUAAAGUACUCUGGCUGUUGACUGAUGACUGUGUUUUGAAAUAAAAUCAAUCCAUAAUGGUA